CAGCUGCUCCUGGGGGUGUGGGGCUAGGUUGAGAGGAUCACUAGGCUCUUCCCCUGCCCCUUUCACCCCACAGAAAGUUGCUUUGUGCUGUUCACCCAUCCCAGAUUUCUCAGAUACACGAGGCUCCUCCCUCUGCUCAGCAAAGCCAAGAUCUCCCUCGGAUCUCUUUAUUUCCAUUUCAGUUCCGAUUCAAUUCUUCUGAUUUUCUCUCGGGAGAACAGGGCAGUGAAAGAGCAUCUUUGAAGCUGCCUGCUGAGUCAGACCAUUGGUCCACCUAGCUCAGUAUUGUCUGCACUGACUGGCAGCAGUUCUCCAGGUUUGCAGGCAGGGAUCUUUUUUUCUGGCUGAAGCUAAGGCUUGAAGAUGGGGCUUCUUGCAUGCAGAAAACUCUUGAAGGGGAGGAAUAAAGUAGAGGGAGAAGAUCCACAAGGUGGAAUUUCCAAGGAGGUCACAGACCUCCAUCCCUUGGAAGGGUCUCUGUUGGAGGCUGCUUUGGAGCAGAUUAAAGAUGGAAAAGGAAGACAUGGCUGGCUAUAAAGCAGGAAAAGGCCCUGAGGCUAUCCUGCCUGGGAGCACUGGGGAAUUCUGGGAAAAUACUGAGCAGAAGAUCCAGGAAGAGGACACCAGCAGCUCAGAUGCACAGUGCCAACGCUUCAGGCAGUUCUGCUACCAGGAGACUGAGGGGCCCCGAGAGGUUUGCAGCCAACUCCACCACCUUUGCCGUCAGUGGCUGAAGCCAGAGACACACACGAAAGCUCAGAUGCUGGACCUGGUGAUCCUGGAGCAGUUUCUGACCAUCCUGCCCCUUGAGAUAGAGAGCUGGGUCAGAGAAUGCGGAGCGGAGACCAGUUCCCAGGCGGUGGCCCUGGCAGAAGGUUUCCUCCUGAGCCAGGCAGAGGACAGGAAGCAGGAAGAUCUGCAGAAGCAAGUACUGUUGUCAGAAGCUGUCCCUGGUUUCCACGAGGCAGAGAAGACUCCACCGGACGCUGGGCAGAGGCUGUUGUCUAAGGGGAUCUCACAGGAGGGGGGCAGAAGUGCCACCUUGCUGGGAGCUGGCAUGACUCUGCCUCUGCAUUCUCAGCCAUCUCUUCCUUCGGGUGGAGUGGAAGGCGCUUCAGGAUGGCCAGACCAGGGCCAGGUGACCUUUGAGGAUGUGGCUGUGGAUUUCACAGAGGAGGAGUGGGCUCUGCUGGAUUGUGGCCAAAAGACUCUGCACAGGGAAGUCGUGGAAGAGAAUGCCUGGAAUGUGGCCUCUCUGGGUGACAGUUGGGGGAGGAAGAAGGAGGAAAAACCCAGCAGAGGAUAUUUGGGAGGUGCCAGAUGGAAAAAGAGGGAAGAAGAGAGAAAGGGAACUGAAGCAAAAUGGGGGGACAAGAUUGGACCAUCUGCUUCUCAGCACAGUGAUGUCCAUAAAAAUGGAAUGCAAAAAACAAUGCAGAAAGAAAGAGAAAGAAGCCUGUGGCCCCCGAGUAGUAAAAGAUUCAGUUCUGAACCAGGCUUUAAAUGUCAGGGAGAAAUGCACACAGAAAAGAGAUCAUAUAAAUGGUUGGUGUGUGCAAAGAGCUCCAGGAACAAUGGAAAGCUUGCUGUGCAUCAUAGAACCUUCACAGGAGAGAAACCAUAUAAAUGCUUGGAGUGUGGAAAGAGCUUCAGCAAUAGGGGAAUGCUUACUAGGCAUCAAAGAACACACACAGGAGAGAAACCAUAUAAAUGUUUGGUGUGUGGAAAGAGCUUCAGGCAGAAGGGAAUACUUACUGUGCAUCAAAGAACCCACACAGGAGAGAAACCAUAUAAAUGUUUGGAGUGUGGAAAGAGCUUCACUGAGAAUGGAAAGCUUACUAGGCAUGAAAAAACCCACACACGAGAGAAACCAUAUAAAUGUUUGGAGUGUGGAAAGAGCUUCAGUGAUAAGGGAAUGCUUACUAGGCAUCAAAAAACACACACAGGAGAGAAACCGUAUACAUGCCUGGAGUGUGGAAAGAGUUUCAAGCAGAAGGGAAAUCUUAUUGUACAUCAAAGUAUCCACACAGGAGAGAAACCAUAUGAAUGCUUGGAGUGUGGAAAGAGCUUCAGGCAGAAGGGAAACCUUACUGUGCACCAAAGAAACCACACAGGAAAGAAACCAUAUAAAUGCUUGGAGUGUGGAAAGAUCUUCAGGCAGAAGACAGUGCUUACUUGGCAUCAAAGAACCCACACAGGAGAGAAACCAUAUAAAUGCUUGAAGUGUGGAAAAAGCUUCAGCUGGAAUGGAAACCUUACUAGACAUAAAAUAACCCACGCAGGAGAGAACCCAUAUAAAUGCUUGGAGUGUGGAAAGAGCUUCAGGCAGAAGGAAAAUCUUACUGUGCACCAAAGAAACCACACAGGAAAUAAACCAUAUAAAUGCUUGGAGUGUGGAAAAAGCUUCAGCUGGAAUGGAAAUCUUACUAGACAUAAAAGAACCCAUGCAGGAGAGAAACCAUAUACAUGCUUGGAGUGUGGAAAGAACUUCAGCUGGAAUGGAAAUCUUACUAGACAUAAAAGAACCCAUGCAGGAGAGAAACCAUAUACAUGCUUGGAGUGUGGAAAGAGCUUCAGUCAGAAGGGAGUGCUUACUAGACAUAAAAUAACCCACGCAGGAGAGAAACCAUAUACAUGCUUGGAGUGUGGAAAGAGCUUCAGUCAGAAGGGAGUGCUUACUAAGCAUCAAAGAAUGCACACAGAAGAGAAACCAUAUAAAUGCUUGGAGUGUGGAAAGAGCUUCAGCAAGAAUGGAACACUUACUGUGCAUCAAAGAACCCACCUGGGGAGAAACCAUAUAAAUGCUUAGAGUGUGGAAAGUGCUUCAGGCAGAGAAGGGAAUGCUUACUAGGUAUCAAAGAACCCACACAGGGAGAAACCAUAUAAAUGUACUGAGUGUGGAAAGAACUUAAGUAAGAUGGAAAGCCUCACUUCGCUUCAAAGAAACCCACACUGAGGUGAAACCAUAUGAAUGUACUUUAUAAAUAAAAUGUAUAAUUUUAUUUUGGUGAAUCCUAUUUGGGCCAACUAUAUAUAAAAAUGCUGUUCUCCUCCUUUUCCCUGCCAAUAUUAGUUGUCUACCCUGGAAAGAGUUAUUGUUUUUGUGUUUUGUAUUGUUUAUCUGUCUAUCUACUUAAUCAUUCAUUCAUUCAUUCAUUCAAUUCAUUCAUUACCCCCUCCCUUCCCUUUCCUCCCUCUCUCUUUUUCUUUAGGUUAAUCUACAAGUCAUAUCUCUCUCUCAUCCCCAUAUCCCUCUCCUAGUAGUGGCCACAACAGCACAACUACUGUCCUGAAAAAUAUGAGAGGGCAAUAUACUUGAUCAUCUGGAUAGUAUAUAAAUUAGAUACAUGCCUCUUCUCUUUACCUGAACACACUUACAACUUUACAAUCCUAAACGGGGGUGUGUGGGGGGGAAAUUACUCAGCUAUAUACAGUAGGUUAGUAAAAUGCUCUUUUGGGAACUUCACAGAAAUAGUCUUUUGAAUACUGUAUUUUUCGGACCAUAAGACGCACUCCCCCCCCCCAAAAGUGGGGGGGAAAUGAGGGUGCGUCUUAUAGUCUGAAUGCUGUCCAGUAGGGGUGUGCACGGAACCGCAAACUGCGGUCCGGCACUGGGUGGAGGGGUACCUUUAAGAGCGGCGGGAGGGUUUACUUACCCCUCCCGCCGCUCUCUCGCUUGCCACCGUAAUUAUUUGAUUAAUUGGGGCGGCAGGACACCAGCCGCCCGCCCGCCCGGAUUAGGGGCUGAAUCGGCCCAAGCUACUGCCGCCGCCCGACCGCUCUCCCAGCUGCACGAGUCCUCACCACCUUCUUCAGCCCGCGUCAGUCGGGCCGAUCAGGGACCCGCAAUUGGAGAAGGAGAGAGGAGCUCGCAAACAGAGCUCCUCUCUCUGUAAAGCCUCGGACCGAACUGGCGCUUUGGGCGCAAAGAACAGCUGGGAGUUCCGAAGAGUGUCGGAACUAUUUGGUUCAGAAUAUUUUUUUCUUGUUUUCCUGCUCUAAAAACUGGGUGCGUCUUAUGGUCCGAAAAAUACGGUAAUUAUUUGAAAUCAAGGAAGGAAAGAAGAAAAUAGCUAUACACACUCCUAUAAUCCUACUUUAUGCAUAUCACAAUUGAUUCUUCUCAGUACUAUGCAUUGUUUACAUGUUGCAUGAUAAAAUGGACAACAAUCUAAGUUGCAACACUCUAGAAAUUUGGUCUAUAGUCAAAAUGGAGCCACCAAAGUAGGCAAAGGGUAAAUUAACCUUUGUAGAAUACCUGGGAUGAAAAGAUGCUCUUGGUUUUCCUCAGAAAGAAAGGUGAAAUGAGAUCUCGCCACCAAUCUUGUUCAUGUUUAAAUUGUUGAUUUGUCUGUUUGAUUAGGAAUGGCGGGGAGGGUUUAGUUAAUAAGAUCAGCUGGCUUGACAUUCACCUACAAGAAAUUACACAAGCCUUCCCUGAAUGGGAUAAUGAAAACAUUUAUGAUAAUGCACAAUGGUGGACGCUUUAAAAAUUAUCUCUAUUACAUUUACUCUUGGUGAAAGUGUAUGUUCAUUUGCGGAAGCCAGCUGAUUCUAUUUUUUAAUAUUCAAAACUGGUUAUUUAAUUGAACAAUACAGGGGGAAUUGAUGUAAUAAACAUGUGUCAUUUUUAUUUAUAAUAUAUUACCUGUCACUGUAUUAUGAAGGGAAAGACUGUAAUAAAGUUUUAGUAGUUGGUUUGUUUUUUAAAUUAAAUGUUGCAUCUUGCUGACA